AUGACAGCAUUAUUGAGUGGAAGCAGUAAUAAAGUAAUAUCGUUAAUGGUUAGAAAUGGUUCCGAAAUUACGAAACGUGGCAUUGCAAGGAUACCGCAUUGGGAAUAUCAUAUCAGGUUUGAUCCAAAAGAAGGGCGCAAAAGACCUUGUCAAGAUGUACUGGAUCGUUUUAAACGGCUUAAUAAUGGCAUGUGGAUACGUGGACAAAUGGGAAGGAAUGUGAAACGGUACAGCAAAGAUGAUAUCUUUUUAAAUACAACUUAUUAUUAUGAAACGUGUACAAAAGAGGAGUGCUGGAUGUUAGAUCGCAUGAUGUCACCAUUUUGGUUACGACCGAAAUACUACAUCGAUGAUCCUUAUGAGCCUUACCAUGUAAGACAUGGAAUUAAAUCACCAAGGAUCGGUUUGAAUGGUAAAUUUGCAAGAGAACGUCCAAAAAUUUUGCUGGAAGAUACUAUUGCGGAUCGUUACUUUCGCGAUCGUUAG